AUGUAUUGGCCUCUAACUUUUUUUCUUUUGUCUUUUCGCCCAUCCCCCAGUGAAGAAGUACUAAGAGAUGACGGGGCUGCUGGAUCUGAGACGACCUCAUGGGCUGCCUCAACAAGAAGGCUGCUGACAAGUUCGAUGGUUGCUGGGAGGAGCAAUCCUCCAUCCGCCACCCGCCUUGUCCUUCAUUGUACUUUAAGAGCUGCUGCUGCUGCUGGAUCGAAUCUUGAACGGAGCUGCAAACGAGAUCAACGGAUCUGCAAGCAAAGGAGAUCAACAGAUCUACUAGCAAAGGAGAUAAACGGAUCUGCGAAGACGAUUAAGGGAUCUGCAAAAGAGAUCAAUGGAUCUGCUGGGACGAUUAUUUGGAAGGAGGUGUCAUUUCAAAGAAUCCGAGUCUUCACUUCUGGAGUUGAACGUAGCCCUGCUGGAGUCGAAGUGAACUCCAUUGUUGCUGCUGAAUUCGCGUGCAUGGUGCUGCUGAAAUCGAAGACAAGGCUCGUGGUGCUGCUUGAAGUCAAAGACAAGUCCCUUGGUGCUGCUGAUGUCGAAGACAAGGAGAUCGAGUUGCUGGAUUACUCAAGAUCUGACCUUGUUUUGUUGCCUCGUGCAGGGAAGGAGCUGCUGGAAAUGAAGAAAACUGAAGCUUCUCAAGUCGAAUUGGAGACAUUCCUUGGGGAUCCGCCACCCAUCCGCCAUCGCCAUCGCCAUCCGCCUCCCCACCAUUCACCGGUUCUCCAACUUAAAUCCCAAGGAAUCCGAGUCUCCACUUCUGGAGUUGAACGUAGCCCUGCUGGAGUCGAAGUGAACUCCAUUGAUGCUGCUGAAUUCGCGUGUGUGGCGCUGCUGAAAUCGAAGACAAGGCUCAUGGUGCUGCUGCAGCCAAAGACAUGGCACGUCGUGCUGCUGAUGCCAAAGACAAGUCCCUUUGGUGCUGCUGAAGUCGAAGACAAGUCCCUUGGUGCUGCUGAUGUCGAAGACAAGUCCCUUGGUGCUGCUGAAGUCGAAGACAAGGAGAUCGAGACGUUGGAGUUGAAGGGAGGGGCCCCCUCCACUCGCCACCCGCCUUGUCCUCCUCUCUACUUUUAG